AUGGAUGAUUUGGCUGUUCAUGUUGAGGAGUACUAUAAGGCUAUCCAUAAAGCCAGCCCCACCCUUGACCAUGGAUCGCUAUUGGACUGCAUUCCCCAUAUCCUUGACGAGCUUGACGUUAGAGGAUUGGAAGCCAUCCCAAAUGAUCAAGAGAUCAAGAAUGCAAUUUGGGACCUGGACCCUGAUAGUUCUCCAGGCCCAGACGAUUACUCUGGUGCGUUCUUCAGACAUUGUUGGGAGCUAAUUGGUUUUGAUGUUUGCCGUGCUGUGAAGAAUUUUUUCAGCUUUGGAACCCUUCCUAAAGGUAUCAAUAAUAGCUUCUUGGUUCUCAUCCCGAAAAUGGAAGGUGCGACUUCUCUGGACAAGUUUAGGCCGAUUUGCAUGCAAAAUUUUUUCUGUAAAAUUUUGUCCAAGGUUAUGGCUACAAGACUCUCUUCUCUCCUCCCUAAGCUCAUUUCAGAAGAGCAAGGCGCCUUUCAGAAGGGCAAGGUUAUUCAGACUAAUAUCAGCCUCGCUUCAGAGUUAACUAAUCUCAUGUUUGAGUGUACAAGAGGUGGAGGUAUGGGGAUAAAAAUUGAUAUCCAGAAAGCCUUUGACACUGUAUCUUGGAGCUUUCUUUUCAAGGUCUUGAAAAAGUUUGGCUUCCCUGAUACUUGGAUUGAUUGGUUGCAUCAAAUUCUUCGUACAUCCAGAAUUUUAGUGUUGCUCAAUGGAGGUCCGGUUGGAUUCUUUGGUGUUGAGCGAGGCCUGCGUCAGGGUGACCCCAUCUCCCCUCUUUUAUUUAUCCUUGCCGAGGAGGUCCUGUGUAGGGGAAUCCGCCUUAUGCUUCAAGACAAGAAACUACAAGCCAUCAAGGGUCCUCGUGGUGUCCAAAUGCCAGGUUUUCUCCUCUUUGCAGACGAUAUUUUCUUCUUUUUAAAUGGCUCCAUCAAAUAUGUCAGACAUUUCCAUGACUUCCUUACAAAGUAUCAGCAGUUUUCUGGUCAACAAAUCAAUCUCAACAAAAGUAAACUUUUUCUGGGGAAGAUGUCUCUAGAUAGAAAGCAACUCAUCUCUGAUACCCUUGGAAUCUCCAUCUGCAAGUUCCCUACAAAAUAUCUGGGAGUGGAAAUUUUCAAGGGUAGAGUCACUCGUGAACCUCUCCUCCCGCGAUGGAUGAGGAAUUUCAUUUGGAGUGGCGAUCCUGAAACAGCCAAAGGAGUUACAGUUAGUUGGGACUCAAUCUGCAAGCCUAAACAAGAAGGAGGGCUUGGAAUUAGGCGUCUAAGGGAUGUCAAUAAAGCUUUUCUCUGUAAGCAGGUAUGGAAUAUAAGACACUCUUCAUCAGCCCUGUCCAGCAUUAUUAAUGCUCGAUUUUUGAAGAAAAAUGGGGAGCUUAAGAAAGGGUAUAAAUCUUCCACCAUUUGGCCAGGCCUUCGAAGAAUGUGGUCUCUUGUCUCUAGCAAAGAGCGAUGGGUGGUGGGUAAUGGGGUUUCCAUAAAUUGCUGGAAAGAUAGAUGGGUUGACUCUGAAUCUUUUCAACAAAGGGCAGGUUUGAGAGAUGAGUUGUUUGCAUCUUCCUCCAUGACAGUUGCGGCCUUUAUUGACAAUAAUGAGUGGAACUUCCCCACGGUUUCAUCUUCUCUUCUUCAAGAUUUUUUUCUCGCUGCUUCAACUAUCAAUAUCCCUAGAGGUAACAUAAAAGAUACAUGUAUUUGGACCCUCUCUACCUUUGGUCAAUUCAGUACUUUCUCAGCCUGGAAUGAUAUUCGCCGCCGAAAUCCCAAGGUUCCUUGGCAUGAGCUGGUCUGGAUGAAAGGCCUCUCUCCUCGUCAAUCAACUUUUGGCUGGCGUCUGUGUCACCAGAAGCUUACUACUGAUGAUAUCAUUAGGAAAAAAGGCAUCUCUUUAGCCUCCAAAUGCAUCAUGUGCGGUCUUCAUGCUGAGACUCUGCCCCAUCUCUUCUUAAAUUGUAGUGUUUCUCGAGUCCUUUGGGAAAAUUUCUUGAGUUGUUUUGGUCUUCUUUGGAAGGAUCAAUCCUCCAUUGCUGAUUUGAUAUCCUGGUGGAAUCGAAAGCGAAGAAUUUUGUCGGUAAAGGAUCCUUGGGCGGCUGGUUUGAUUAUAGUGACCGACACUAUUUGGCAAGAAAGGAAUCAUCGAUGGCAUGGUGGUAAGAGUAGGGAUGCCUCUCUGCUAUUCAUGAAAAUAUUGAGAACGCUCAAGGAGUCUAAUCUCAACUUAAAAGGGGUCAUUCGGACUACUGCUGAUCUUCUUUGCUGCAGGAAACUAGGGUUGCAUGCAGUUCCAGGCGACCCUCCUUCCAUUCUUGAAGUCAUUUGGUGCAAGCCUCCACUCGCCUGGUCAAAGAUAAACAUUGAUGGUAGUUCCAUGGGAAACCCUGGUCGAGCAGGAGGGGGUGUCAUUCGAGAUUCCAAUGGGAAAGUUAUAUUCUCCUUCAAGCAUUUCUUUGGCAUCAGUACGAACUACUAUGCAGAAUUCAUGACUUUUCUUCAUGGUAUCCGCCAUGCAAUGGGUAAAGGAUUACAAACUUGUGGAUUGAAUCUGACUCUGUGGCAGUAG